AUGCGGCAAAUUCUGCUGUGCUUAGAGAGCGCUGUUACAUUGCCAGAGUUGUCAUCACUCCGUAUUUCUGGAGCUGGCAUAACAUUUGCACAUGGUGAAGGCUUUGAUGAAUUUAUUAUGUCACGUCCAUCUUCAGUGAGCAAGGCAUUUACGUACUCUUCCUCCGUUGCUGACUCCUUGCUAUCUGAAAUUGAACUGGAAAUUAGAGACGGCGAUGACGGGCGAUUGGGUGGUGGAAAUUUUGACAAAGGAGUUUUGGAGUUUCUUUAUGGGUUUGACAAAGGUGAUGGAAAUUUUGAUGAGUUUCUUGAGUUGUGCCGACGGCAGAGACAGUUUAUAUUCUUGCUUCAACCAUAUUUAGAAUCCUCUCUUGAUAAGCCUGAAUAUCCGGGUUUAAGUGGACAUGGGAUAGCUUUCGUGCUUGCACCGACAAGAGGCCUUCCAGGAGCUUUUGGAUCCCAGUACCUUGGCCUCUUCAAUUCAACAAAUAAUGGCAAUUCCAGUAAUCAUGUUUUUGCGGUGGAGCUGGAUACAAUCCUGAAUGAUGAGUUUCUUGAUAUCAAUUCCAAUCAUGUUGGUAUUGAUAUAAAUGGACCUGGUUUUCUACCAGAUGAGUCUGCUGCAGGUGGUGCAUCAGAAUGA